UAAUACCAAUUUUGUAUAUAUAUCCGAACUUCAGUCCACUUUUCCUCUUGUCUCUCACUUUCUGAUUGGAGAGCAAGAAGAAAGCAAGAGAAAACAAUCAUGGGCGACAAGUCUUGUUGUUGGUUAGUGUUCUUCUUGUUCAUUUUUUCAAGCUUCGUAGAACAAAGCCAUGGCAGGGUCAGGAAGCAGACAGAGCUACUGAAACUUCUCCAAAAGGCCAAGAUGCAAGGAAAUUCAGGCAUAGACACCAGCCUUUUUGAAGUGAAUGAAAUUAAAUCUGAAGCUGAGAGUUAUAAGAUUCUUCCACAGAAGGGAAUGAAGGAGAAAGAUAGGAUUGAGAGGUUGCCUGGACAACCACAUGUUGGGUUCAGCCAGUAUGGUGGGUAUGUCACCAUUGAUGAAUCCAAGGGUGAAGCUUUUUACUAUUACUUUGUUGAAGCACCGACUUCUAGGGAGUCUUUGCCUCUUCUUCUCUGGUUUAAUGGUGGUCCUGGUUGUUCUUCUUUGGCUUAUGGAGCAAUGCAAGAGCUCGGCCCAUUCAGGGUUCAUAGCGAUGGCAAAACUCUCUACAGAAACCAAUAUGCAUGGAACAAGGUUGCAAAUGUAUUGUUCUUGGAGUCACCUGCUGGAGUAGGGUUCUCAUACUCAAACACAACAUCCGACAAUCAGAGUGGCGGAGACCGGAAAACAGCCAACGAAAACUAUGCCUUUCUGGUGAACUGGCUGGAGAGGUUUCCUGAGUACAAGAAGAGAGAUUUCUACAUCUCUGGUGAAAGCUAUGCUGGGCAUUAUGUGCCUCAACUUGCACAUACCAUUCUUCAUCAUAACAAGAAGGCAAAUGGGCCCAUCAUCAACCUCAAAGGGAUCAUUAUCGGAAACGCAGUGAUCGAUGAUGAAGCGGAUGACAUUGGAAGGUACCAGUACCUUGGGAGUCAUGCUCUUGUUUCAGAGAAAACUAUACACCAAAUGGAGAAACACUGUAAUUUCUCCCCCGGAGCCACCAGCCAGAGCAAGGAGUGUACAGAAGCUGUUGAUGAAGUUCAUAGUAAUAUUGACGUUAUCGAUAUCUACAACAUCUACUCCCCAUUAUGUUUCAACACCAUUCUCACAGCCAAGCCCAAGAAAGUAACACCUGAAUUCGAUCCAUGCAGCGAUUACUACGUGUCUGCUUAUCUGAAUAGGGCUGAUGUUCAGAAGGCCCUCCAUGCCAAUGUGACCAAGCUCAAGUAUGAGUGGCGACCUUGCAGUGACAUUGACAAGAAUUGGACAGAUAGCCCCUUGACCAUCAUUCCCCUUCUGCGCGAGUUCAUGGCAAAUGGGCUUCGUGUAUGGGUAUUUAGUGGGGAUACUGAUGGAGAUGUGCCAGUAACAUCAACCAUGGCUUCUAUUGGUAAGAUGAGGCUCUCUGUAAAGACUCCAUGGCACCCUUGGUUCGUUGCUGGGGAGGUUGGUGGGUAUACUGAAGUAUACAAGGGAGAUCUAACAUUUGCUACAGUAAGAGGAGCAGGGCACCAAGUGCCAAGUUUUCGGCCCAAGAGAGCUCUUUCACUCAUUGUUCAUUUCCUUUCUGGCACUCCUCUUCCCAAGCCUUCAUCAAAACAUUGACGGGCGUCUUCAAUAUUUCUGGUGGUUUUUAGUAGGGCUUUUAGUCAUGAUGGUUAUUUAUUGCUCAUUCAUCCUUCUUUUUAAUGACAUGUUAAAAUUUGUGACUUGUUUAAAACAUUGAAAUUAAGGUGGGAAGGCUCUCCCGAUGACAGUGUCUAAUGAAAGUGUUUUUGUAUUUUUGAUUAGACGAUAAAAUACUUUGCAAAGUUGCAGAAAAUGAUAUUAUAACCAAAUUAUGGUUGAAGUUAGAAAA